AUGGCGGCUUCCUUUGAUCCUAACACCUGGUACCGGCUCACAAAUGCCUAUCUCGGCACCUCCACAGCUCUUGACGUGGAAAAUGACGGUUCAGACAACAAAGAGGGGCUCUUAAAAAUGGCACCUUCCGCAGAUUACAGUGGCCAGUACUGGAAAUUCGUUCCUCAACCUUCCGGGACCUACAAGCUCUACACAAUGUUUCUCGGUGCAAACAGGGUUCUGGAUGUAUAUGGGGAUGACAAAACAAAGCCACACUUAGCGACAGCAGGGAAUUACUCAGGGCAGCAGUGGACAGUGGAGAGCUGGGGUGAUGGCACGUGGAAAUUAAGCAAUGCAUAUUCAGGCCCAGAGCUGCAUCUUGACACGUAUGCGGAUACACACAACCCCUUCUUGGGCGAUGGGAAUCACACAGGGCAGCAUUGGACAAUCACUGCCAUUAGGAAGAGCUCAGCUUAG